UUCCAGCCAACGAAUGAAAUGAUGCUAAAGUUCUAUAGCUUUUAUAAGCAAGCAACCCAAGGACCCUGUAACAUUCCACGACCUGGAUUUUGGGACCCGAUUGGUAGAUAUAAAUGGGAUGCUUGGAGUGCCUUGGGAGACAUGUCCAAAGAAGAAGCCAUGAUAGCCUAUGUUGAAGAAAUGAAAAAGAUUCUUGAGAGUAUGCCAAUGACGGACAAAGUUGAAGAAUUGCUCCAAGUAAUAGGCCCGUUCUAUGAAAUAGUAGAAGAUAAAAAGAACAAAGGAUCUGACCUAACCUCAGACCUUAGUAACGUCAUGAAUUCUACUCCAAAUAUAAAGGCUGUGAAUGGAAAAGCUGAAAGUAGUGAUAGCGGAGCGGAAUCAGAAGAAGAAGGGCUUCGUGAGGAGGAAGAAAAACAGCGGCAGCUGAACGGAAAGGACUAUGAGAAUGUGAAACAUGAGUCAGCUGCUGCUAAAGAUUUGGAAAGUGUUGUUACUAAUGGCUGUCACGAGGACAGCUUUACCCCAGAUACACAGAACGGCAUCCAGACCAAAUCUGCCCUGAAUGGCUUGAACCCAGAGGAGGAAAUAAAGAAAAUGGAGCAAAGCCUAGAAAUAGCUAAUAAUGGUGCUCACCAAGGUGCAAAUGAAGAGAAUACUGAAGAGGUCUCAGCAACUCAGCACUUAACCAGUGAUUCAGACAGUGAAGUUUACUGUGACUCUAUGGAGCAACUUGGACUAGAAGAGCCCUUGGAGAUCAUCACAUCAGCUAAAGGAUCUUUAAAGCAUUCAUCCCAUUUCUUGGAUGUAGAUCCCAGUUUUCUGUUAGAAAAUACGGAUUUUCCAAGGCGCGCUUGCGUGACUUCUGAGAAUCUCCAGCCUGGAAAUACUGUAGAGGCAGCAGCUCAAGAACAGGGCGAAGUCAAGUGUGGAGGAGAAGAUGGCAAAGCCAGUAAUGGUGGCCCUCACAAGGAGAAGAAGGGUGGAGAAAAAGCAGAUUUCUACAGUGUCAGAAGAGGGAGAGGACAUAGACUUCAGCCUCUAGGAGAUGGUUCCCAAGGUGGACAGAUGGGUAGUGGAGGGGAUGGAGACCGCUGGGGAUCAGACAGAGGACCCAGGGGCAGCCUCAACGAGCAGAUUGCAGUGGUGCUGAUGCGGUUGCAAGAAGACAUGCAGAACGUCCUUCAGAGGUUGCACAUGCUGGAGGCUGUUACGGCAUCGCAGGCAAAAUCUGCAACACUACAGUCAAAUUAUCAGCCUGACUCCUCUGCCAAGAAACCAGCAUGGUGGCCCUUUGAAAUUUCUCCUGGUAUUUUAGCUUUUGCUGUUGUAUGGCCAUUUGUUGCCCAGUGGUUGGUACAUGUGUAUCUUCAAAGAAAGCGAAGAAAACUGAACUGAGAAUUCAUGACUUUACAUAAAGACUGCUGGGAGAAGAUGGCCCUGAAAAAGCGAAGGAAUUAUGAAUUCUCAUAGAAUCUCAGAAUCUGGGAUGAUGUUCCUGCUGUUAUAGUAAUAUUUUGUACCACCUUUGAGCUAAACAUCUAAGGACUAACAUUACUGAAAUCUGAAUGAUUCACAGCUCCUAGGUUACAAAUCAAAUAAAUUUAAUAACUCCAUCCU